UGGACACAUCAUUCAGCACCAGUCUACUAGGAUCCAAAGCAAAAUUGAAAAACCAGGCUUCAAGAGAGCCCCCAAGGGGGACCUGGUGCUCAAGGCCCCUGAGGCCCUGAGCACCAGCAGCGACCCCACCCCCUCUGCCAUCCGGUCGCCCCCCCCGUGCCAGCCCAAGGAAAAGGGGCUCCUGGGCUCGGUCGGGCAGCCGACCAGUCCCCAGGUCAUCAAGCCUGCAGCACCAGGAAAAACACAUACAAAGAAACCCACAGCCAUGCAGCGAAUUGCCAGAUCAAAGUCAGAGAAGACGCAUCUUUACAAGUUGUCCAGAAAUGAGAAUAACAUUGAUAUUUACAAUCUAAAUAUGUCUGUUAUCAAUACUGGAGUCGGUCGUAAAUGUUGCUUUGGAAGCACACCACUUUUGGGAAAACACAAAACCAUAAUGCUUGUGGGAGCAACAGGCUCAGGGAAAACAACACUCAUCAAUGCGAUGAUCAACUAUAUCCUGGGUGUAAAACAAAAGGAUCCAGUCAGAUUUGAACUGGUACCUAAGGAGUCUGAUAAAUCACAGGCUCACAGUCAGACCUCUGAGAUUACAGCCUAUCAGAUCAAUCACUGCAAGGAUUUUGCAAUUGACUUUUCUUUAACUAUCAUAGACACCCCUGGAUUUGGGGACACAAGAGGCAUUGCGAAGGAUAAAGAAAUUGUUGACAUGGUGAGAAAAUUCUUUUCUGCUAAAGAUGGCAUUAGUAGUAUUGAUGCAGUGGGAUUUGUGACCCAGUCCGCUUUGGUACGACUCACUCCAACUCAGAAGUACAUUUUUGAUUCGAUUCUUUCCAUUUUUGGAAAAGACAUUGAAGACAACAUUGUUCUCCUUGCUACCUUUGCUGAUGGGCAGGUUCCACAUGUGUUACAAGCUAUUCAAGAAGCAAACAUUCCAUGUGCCCGAAACAAAAAAGGCAUUCCUAUUUGCCUCAAAUUCAACAACUCUGCCUUGUUUGCUUCUAAUGAUGAAGCAGGGACAGGUGAUAAAGCAGGGACAGAUGAUGAGGCAGGGACUGAUGACAGGGAUGAAGUGGUAAGUUUCAAUGAAAUGUUUUGGAAAAUGGGCACUGUCAGCAUAAAAAACUUGUUUCAUCGGUUAAAUUGUUUGGAAGCCCAAAGUCUGCAGCUGACAAAGGAGGUAUUGUCAGAGCGCAAGAACCUGGAAACAACUGUGGAAGGACUGCAAAAUAUUAUCCAAGUGGGGCUAAUAAAUCUGGACAAGUUAAAAAAGACACAGGAGGCAUUAGAGAACCAUAGAGAAGCUGCUGAGAGCAACAAAAACUUUAAGUAUAAUGUGGAUGUCCCUAAAAUAGAAAAAGUUCCCCUUAAAACUGGAAUCCACACCACAACAUGCAGGAAUUGCAACUUCACUUGCCAUGACAACUGUGUUUAUAGCAAUGAUGAUGACAAAAUGGAGGCUCGUCAGGUGAGGAAGAGGAGGAUCAUCAUCAUCAGUGAAAUCAGGAGGACGUCCUCCGGUGGAGGGGGCUACCUGAUGUGUUUUCUUAGUGUCCACUAUAGAAGCAGGCCUUGCCUGCAGAGAAGCAGCUUCCUGAGACAGUGGAAGAGAACUUCCCCGGCCAACGGACACAACCGAAGGACGCUGACCUGA